UCUUAAACAGUUACACUCCACCCAUGGCAUUUGUGUGAAGCAGAGAGCUAGAAACUUUGUGUUUUGUCUCUUACCCUUUCACAUUCAAGUGGUGAGAAUAGAGAGAUCAUCAAAGAAUGGCUGAACCUGUUACCGCUGUUGCAACCAAUACCCUGGGGAACCUGGCAACAGAAUACGCAUCACCUUAUCUCAGUUAUUUUUUCCAUUUCGGCAAAAUUGUUGAAGAUUUCAAGAAUCGACGAAAUCAACUUGAAUUGAGAAAAGUUCGAGUGAAAAAUGAUGUCGCUGAGGCAAAAAAGCAAACUCUGGUAAUUGAGAAGGCCGUUGAGGAGUGGCUAACAAGGGCAGACAAAGAAUUGGGAGAAGCUCAGAGUUUGGAAGAUGAAAUUGAACGUAACAAGUGUUUCAAUUGGCGUCCUAGUUGGGGCUGGCGAUACUGCUUAAGUAUCAAAGUAGCUAAGAAGACACUUCGUAUCUCUCAACUUUUAGAGAAUUCUAAUUUUGAACGAGUAGGUUACCGAGCUACUCUCCCAGGAUUAGAGUUCAUUCCAUCUAAGGAUUUCAUGUCUUCUGAAUCUUCGAAUUCUGCUUUCAAAGAGAUCAUGGAGGCUCUGAAUAAUGGUGAUGUGAACAUGAUUGGACUACAUGGGAUGGGAGGAGUGGGUAAAACCACUUUGGCAAAAGAAGUGGGAAACCAAGCCAAACAACUCUUCGAUAAAGUUGUGCCUGUAACUCUGUCCCAAAAGCCAAACAUCAACAAUAUUCAAGAUAAAAUUGCAGACUUCCUAGAUUUAGAUUUUCAAAAGAAGACACCAGAAGGAAGAGCAGAACAAUUGUAGUUGAGAAUCAAUGACGAGAAGAGCAUCCUUAUAAUUCUUGAUGAUGUUUGGGAAGAACUUGACUUAAAGGUUAUAGGAAUUCCAUUUGGUGAUGAUCACAAGGGUUGCAAAAUUUUUAAACCGUAUCGGAACAUAUAUUGGCACCGGAAGGACCCACAGUAUCGGCUUACUGAGCUACCACCUUGCAAGGAAGAAUUAUGAGAUGGUUGCAGGGGAAGUUGCAAAGGCAUUUUUAAACAUCAAUGAGUACAUUGGGGCCAUCAACUAAACACAGAUGUUGGUUUCAUGGAGUUGUCAAGUGACGGGAUCACUUGCUUUCAACAAUUUAUCCAAUCAAUGUUAUGUUUUUUUUCCUCAGCCAAUCAAUGUUAUGUUGCUUUCUGUAUGUACAACAAGUAGAAGAACAAGGGUUAAAUUCUUCUAUUUCUUAUUCAAGACAUGCGAAAAUAAAUUUUAAUUUCCCUAUAUAAGUUAAGUAGAUUUUUAUUUUAUGAAAGAUCCAAGUGACUUAUCCCUGGAUCCUUGUGAACUGAGGAAAGACGAAAUGCAGGAUAUAUGGCACAGCCAAAAUAUUCUACAAAUGCAUCACAAGAUUUCUCACUCUAUCUUAAUCUCUCAUGUGCCAAC